AUGGCGGCGGUGGUACAGAAUGUGGUGAAGCUCCUCGGCGAGCAAUAUUAUAAGGACGCCAUGGAACAGUGCCACAACUACAAUGCCCGCCUGUGUGCCGAGAGGAGUGUCCGGUUGCCCUUCCUGGACUCGCAGACUGGAGUGGCUCAGAGCAACUGCUACAUUUGGAUGGAGAAGCGACACAGGGGGCCAGGCUUGGCAUCUGGCCAGCUCUAUUCCUACCCGGCUCGACGCUGGCGGAAAAGACGUCGUGCUCACCCUCCUGAGGAUCCAAGGCUUUCCUUCCCUUCCAUUAAACCAGGAAGAGAACCAGCAACUUACAACUUGCUUGGGAGUGAUGCAGAAGGGGUAGUCAGAGGGCAGCCCUCGUGA